UCUGUCAACGGCAACUGACAACUAAAAUUGGUGACAGUGACAUGUUAAAUGUGUCAAAGUUGUCUUAAUGACAGUACAUUUUAAAUUGAAUAAUUAAAGGAUUGAGGAUAUUGAUAAUUCUAUUCUGUUUCUUGAGUAAAUUUUGUGAAAAAAUGUACAAUUUUGAAGAAUUGGAUUGGACAGAUAUUAGAGAUUUAUUCAGAAAAUGGCGAGAAGGUAAUGAAAGAAAAAGUGAUGAUGUUAUUCAAUUGUGGGAGGCGGUGUUGGAAGACAGACAAGAGAAACUUGGAAAUGAACGAUACAUAGUUUUGGAACAAGUCAUCAUUAGUGCACUUGAUUGUGCUCGAAUUGAUAUUGCUGAUAAAUGCAUUAAAAUAUUAAACAAAAAGUUUCCGAAGAGUUUGAGGGUUUUGAAAUAUCAAGCUAUGAAGUUGGAAGCUAUGGAAUGCUAUGAUGAUGCUCUACAGAUAUUAGAUACAUUGAUAAGCCGCGAUGAAACUAAUGCAGCUCCACGAAAAAGGCGAAUCACUAUUUUUAUGGAGAGAGGUCGAAAUGUUGAGGCAAUAAAGGAAUUGACUGAAUACUUGAAAAUAUUUAUGUCUGAUCAAGAAGCAUGGCAAAUGCUGUCUGAUUUAUAUUUAGCAGAAGGAGAUUUAUCAAAGGCUGCUUUUUGUGUUGAAGAGCUUAUUUUACAUAAUCCACACUCUCAUUUAUUGCAUCAGAGAUUAGCUGAUAUUAAAUAUACUCAAGGCGGCUUUGAGAAUUGGGAGAUAGCAAAAGUCUAUUAUAGUCAAUCUAUUAAAUUAAAUCCAAAUAAUGUUAGAUCGUUAUAUGGAUUGUAUUUGACUUCGGUGAAUUUGUCUAAUUCACAAAAGUUAGCAGCUGCCAAAAAGAAAGAACACGUAAAAUUGGGCCAAUGGGCAUUAAAUCAAGUGAAAAAUAUUCACGAUAAACAGAAAUGUGAUUCAAGUUUGGUGAAAAGUCUAGAAAGCGCACUGGGUUCAUUGCAAAUAUAGUUUUAUAUUAUAUAUGGUAGAUAGUGACUAAAAUUAUGUAUGUUAUUUUAUAACUAUAUGUAUAAUU